CUGGCGGUACAUCGUGUGAGAGAGGAGCUCAGCAUCCACGGCUUGUAGAAGGUGGGUGUGACAGACAGCAUCUUUUGAACAGAAAAAAAAGUCUUCAGGAAUUAUCUUUUCUUUUCUUCCGUAAAUUGACCUGCAGCACACUCUUAAGAUGGCAUCCUCACCACCUGAAGAUAUCCAGGUCAAGGAGCUUGACAAGCGGGCCUCUGGCCAGGCCUUUGAGGUCAUCCUGGUUGCUCCUACCCCAGAUGCCAAGGGCGAGUUCCCCCUGUCUCCUCCCAAGAAGAAGGAUGUCUCACUGGAGGAGAUUCAGAGGAAGCUGGACGCUGCGGAGGAGAGACGCAAGAACCAUGAAGCCGAGGUUCUGAAGCACUUAGCUGAAAAGCGUGAGCAUGAAAAGGAAGUGCUACAGAAAGCUAUGGAAGAGAACAACAACUUCAGCAAGAUGGCAGAGGAGAAGCUCAAUCAGAAGAUGGAGGCCAACAAAGAGAACCGCACAGCAAUUAUGGCAGCGAUGAAUGAGAAAUUCAAGGAGAAAGACAAGAAGUUGGAGGAGGUGCGGAAGAACAAAGAAACCAAAGAGCCCAACUCGGAAGAAGGCACUUCGGAAGACUGAAAGUUACAAAGGGGGGAUUGUAUAGGGUUUUUUACGUAUCCAAAGAUUGAUUUAUUUUUUGUUCGGCCAGUAUUUUUGUUGUGUUCACUACCCACCUUUUUGAAAUAAGAAAUACAAGUUCCACUUUGUGAAUUUUUCAAUUCUCCUGCUAUAAGUGUACUUGCGCUGGUUUUACAUGUGGAUCAUUUUCCUCCCUUUUGAGUCUAAUCCAUUUAAUAUGUAGCUUGUCAGUGCAGCUUCAGCCCUUUUUGGAAAUUAGCAGUGUGUACUUAUCCUUUUUGAGGAAGCAUGUUUCUAUGCAUAGGUCUUUUGUCCCUGCCUAUUUCAUAGUGCAUUUUGAAAAUGUCUCUGUGAACCACACCUGUUCUCAGCACUUACUGUAUUUAAAAAAGGAAAAAAAAGGAGAAAAAAAAAA